GAAGUUUGAACUUUCAAAUUCCAAUCAUACCAAGCAAAUCUUAGAUAGAUUAUAUUAUGUGAAUACUAUUUUCCUUAUUAUAUAUCAAUAGAUAUCUUGUUUAGGUACCUAGUGAUAAGUUGAUUGUGUGAAGCUGAUAAUAUCAUAAAUUAUUAUAUAUUGACCAAAACUUUAAGUGAAAUACUGCCAACAAACCGGUAUUGUGAUAUAGUAAUAAUAUUAAAAACUAAACGUAAACUUGUUUGUGGUGAAUGUUGUUGUGUGCACGUAUUACAUUAUUUAAUACUCCUUCCUUUCACUUAUAUGGUGUCUCUUUUGUCAUAUGUUUUUAGAUAUUCUAGUGAAAUUUAAUGUCUUUUGAUACACAUAUGAAAAGCAUUGAAUCUAAAGAUUCAACAAUGUUACGUGGUAUAAAGCUUUGGAGUGCAAAAGGAUUUACCUUGGAGCCCUAUGUCACAUCUUUGCAAUUAGUAAGCAAUUAUACAUCUGCAAAAACAGCUUCAAACAACCAAAAUCUGCCAAGACUACCUGUACCAAAACUAAAUGAUACUUUAACAAAGUAUUUGAAAACAGUUAGACCUUUCCUUAAUGAUGAGGAAUUUGGCAAUACUUCAAAUCUUGUUAAGAAAUUUGCAUCUGAUGGUGGCCCUGGGCAGAAAUUACAGAGUCUUUUGGAAAACAGAGCAAGUAAACACCAGAACUGGCUUGAAGAAUGGUGGAUAAAUACUGCCUACCUGGAGUAUCGUGAUCCAGUAGUUGUUUUCUCCAGUCCAGGUUUAGUUUUUCCAUUCAGAAAGUUCAAUAAUCAAAAUGAACAAUUGGAUUAUGCAGCUAAAACUUUACUUGCUGCUUUGGAUUAUAAAUCAUUGAUAGAUAAUGAUAAAAUACCUGUGGAAAUGAUGGGAAAAAAUCCUCUAGACAUGUCCCAAUACAAGAAAAUAUUUGGCACUUGUCGGGUACCACAUGCAAAAAGGGACAAACUGUCUUUCAAUGAUAGCAAAUAUGUUACUGUUAUACACAAUAACCAUAUAUUCCAUCUUGAUUUGUGGGGAAAUGACAACAAAAGACUUAAUAAGGAACAAAUUGUAAAAGGUCUCAAGAAAGUCAUAGAUUCUUCACAGUCUCGCACCGAUGAUGCUGUUGGUGUCCUCACUUCAGAAAACAGAGACACGUGGGCAAAGGCUUAUGAACUAUUAAGUAAAGACGAAACGAACCGCCGCUCGUUGCUCGACGUGGAGCGUAGUAUAGCGGUGCUGUGCCUGGACGGCGCGGCGGGGCUGUGGCGCUGCGCGGACGAGGACGCGCGCCGCACGCUCGCCGCCGCGCACACGAUACACGGCGACGGCGCCAAUGCGAACGGCGCUAAUCGGUGGUUCGAUAAAACCGUGCAGUUCAUCGUUGGCGCUGAUGGUAUAACUGGUUUAACCUAUGAACAUUCGCCGGCUGAAGGUCAACCAAUUGCCAUUUUGACUGAUUUUAUUAUAAACUAUAUCGAUAAAAAUUCAAGCAGCGAAGAAUCAUCUGCGUCUCCGAUCGAGCCGGUUCAGCUAAAAUUCAAUGUGAGCGGCGAAGUAUCGCAAAUGAUAAAGGAAGCGAAGGCGAAUUUGGACAAGUUAGUUGCAGACCUCGAUCUAAAUUGCUUCAAAUUUGAUCGAUAUGGCAAGAACUUUAUUAAAACCCAAAAGAUGAGUCCAGACAGUUAUCUACAAAUGGCAAUGCAAUAUGCAUUUUACAGUCUGCACAACACUCCCGGAGCGCACUACGAGUCAGCAGCCACGAGGAUGUACGCGGGCGGCAGAACAGAAACGAUCCGCUCUUGUUCGAUCGAAUCUAUUGAAUUCGCGAAAACGAUGCUCGAGAAACAGGCCUCUCCCAAGGCGAAAGUGGAAGCUAUGAGGAAGGCCAUCUCAGCACACAAAGAUUAUACUGUACAGGCUUUACAAGGUCUCGGAGUAGAUAGGCACUUGCUUGGCUUAAAAUUGACUGCAAUAGAAAACGGAAUUGAAAUACCAAAAUUAUACUCUGAUCCCGGAUACACAAGAAGUGCUCAUAUGCGAAUAUCUACUAGUCAGGUUGCGUGCAAGUGCGACGGGUUCAUGUGCUACGGGCCGCUCGUAGCGGACGGCUACGCGACGUGCUACAACCCGCGCGACGCCGACGUGAACUUCGCUACGGCGGCGUUCCGCGCGCACCCGCACACCGCAGCCGAGAGCUAUCGCCAAGCGCUUGAACGCGCGCUACAAGAUAUGCAUGAUGUGCUUCUCCAGAAUACACCCUCCAAAUUAUAAACCUGCCUUUUAUCAGGGUCAGGUUUCUUUUUAUCUUGGGUUCCGUACCUAAAAGUUAAAAUGGUAGCCCUAAGUGUCGUAAUACGACUCGAACUUAAUGGGUUUUAUAAACGACUUUUAAUCCUAACUUCAGACUCUACUACGCGUCGGUCCCCUUAUCGCGUGUAAGCCGAACAAGCCGAUAUUUCCAUUCCCUUACUUCGCUCGCAUCAAAUUUUGUUUUAUUAAAAGGCCCUUUUUCUUUCACCAGGUUAAGUGUGGUCUACGAAAUUUCGGAAUAAUCUGUUCCUUGGUUUAAGUGUGAAAGUGUAAAAGACAAAUAUAUGAACCGUAUCUUUGUGGCUCCUUUACACAACUAUAUAUAUACUGCUUUUGUUACUGCUAUAUCAAUACAAAAAUGUAUGUCAUUCAAUAUUUAGUAUUAAAGUAAAAAUUUACGCCUGGAAGUCAAUUAUUAAUA